GAUCGCGGCAUUGAAAGUGCCAAACUACCGACACUACUUUCCGCGUUCAAAACAACUGGGAAAACUCAACUUGAACGGUCAAGUAACUCGGGGCAUUUCUAGACCUGAAAAUCAAGGCURCAUGACUUGACCUCGUAUAUUUUUCCGAGUUCCCAGUUGUUUUGAACGUAGGAACUGUAAUCGGUGUCUGACGUAUGAUUCACGCCCCCCAUUCCAACGCUUCCUGACAAAGAUGGCGGCGACCUUGUGUGGCAGGCUUUUACCAAAACAGGGGUGGCUUCCCCUGACACAGAGUGUCCGGCAUGGCUCUAAGGCAGUCACGCGUCACAGGAAGCCCAUGCACAUCCUCAAACAGAAGCUGAUGGCUAUCACUGAAUACAUUCCACCCAAACCUGCAGCUCCCCCCGGGGCUCUGACCCCCCGCGUCAAACCAGUUCAGGAGGAAAGUGGUCUGGUGUUGCUCUUGAAGAAGGAUUUGCAGACCAUGUUCCAGGACUGUAAGAUGAUCGCUGUGAUCCAAAACAACGCCACCAAUUCAGAGGACAUGCUGCUUCUCAAGCACAGGCUCCACAAGCAUGGCAUCAAAAUCAAGUUUAUCCCCAACCAGGUGAUGAGGUCCUACCUGCCAGACAGCCCUUACAUUAACAUGGGGCCUCUAUUCAUCGGCCAGACAGUUCUAUUUGUUAGUAAAGAGCCAAAGGUGAAGGAAAUGCUUUUGAGUUUGAGGACCAGCCCRCAGAUGGUAUUAUUGGGGGCCUGUAUAGAGAAGAUAUUGCUAAGUCGGCAGGGGGUGUUGAACUAUGCCAAGCUGCCYUCAGUGACCGUGGUACAGGGAGAGCUGGUGAGUGGCCUGACCAUGCUGACCUCGCAYACAGCCUCCAUGUUGCAGCGCCACCCGGCCCACCUCUCAUUGAUACUCCAGCAGUACCUCAAACAGCAGGCUCCCGCAGGCAGUACCAACGGGACCCCAGGGGAGAGCCCCCCCAAGGCAGAGGAGARUGCUUAGGUCUAGAAGAUUCACGCCCGUGGGGGAGGGGAAGGAUGUCGGCAGCACUAUGGCUACUGGGAGGUCAUGUCUGCAGAUUUAAGGUCUGCCUCUGUGACCUGGAGGUCAUACAAUGUACAGUACAACAUGAACCGCUACAACACCUCUUGAGAGCAACUCUUGGAGAAAACAUGUUUUUGUUCCUUUUGUUCAUUAUUUUGAUUACUACUCAUGUUCUGUUCUAAGGCCUCUUUGACCAUAUCAAAAAUAAAUGGUGUCAAUGUUUAAAAUAUUG